GAGUUGUCUAUGAUUGCCUCAAUACAGGGCUCGUAAGGCUCCGCUUGGCCAGGAAUUCGUGGAAGCGGCCGCGUCAUUUCCAGGACAGCCAUCGCCCGGUGUACUGGCAGCGGCAUGGAGAUGCCCGUCACAUCGAGUUGGGAUCGCAUCCAGCGGCUCCCAUGUGAGUACCAGGAGCAGACCUUGGUACUCUACAGCAACCUCAGCUUCCCGAUUGAGGUCCGGAAGGCACUCUCGGACUGGAUCGAUAAACAGAACUGGCAAUCUCUAGUUGCGGAAACCCCCGAAGUGAAGAAGUAUAUGUUGGAGCUCGCCAAUGAUUUCUUUUCUGUGCUCGAGGAACACGCCACCAGGACGCUCGAUCCGGCUGUCCGCAAUGAGCUCGCGAAGCACUUGAACAACCUCAAACUAGCCUACGUCCAGGAUCCGGCUUACCUGAUGUGUGUGCUGAGGAACUGCAUAUUGAGCGAGGAGAAAAUAUUCAGGAUGAAUGACGAAACGCUCGCUCAGAGUGCAACGCUCCUCCGGCCUGAUCCAGCUAUGACAAUACAAAAGGAUCUGGAAGCUUCACGUCUCGAGAGUCAGCGAAUGGAGGAAAAAAUCAAGGCGAUGCAUGAAGACGAAGAAGCGUUCGUGUUUCCGUAUCAGAAUUUCCGGAAGCGGGCGGAACAACUCCAGCAGUUGCGCGACUCGAACCAGCCGAUCGAAACGGUGCAAAGAGCUCAGCUGGAAUACUCGCAGUUCGAGGCACUCAUCAACGCUAAGACGAAUGAGUUACAUUCGGAGAGACUCGAUUUCCUCGACAAGCUCAGCAAAAGCUUGCAAUGCUUGAACGGUCUGCGGCAUCUCAUCAUCGAUGAACAUCUGGCGGAAUGGCAGAGACUACAACAGCUCGCGGGCAACGGGCUACAGUUCGAGAGCAAUCUCAACCAAAUUCAAGCAUGGUGCGAAUCCCUCGCAGAACUGGCGUGGCAGCAUCUCCAGCUGGUUCGGAGGUUGGAGUUGCUCAUCACGAAGAUACCGACCACAUUGGGGCCGUCUUUGAAGGAACAAUUCUCCUCGUUGGAGACACAAAUCAAGGCGCUACUGUCUGCACUUGUGCGCGGGACUUUCGUGAUUGAGGAACAGCCACCUCAGGUGUUGAAGACGAAUACACGCUUCAAAUCUACGGUUCGCCUCCUUGUCGGAGGGCAACUGAACGUUCACAUGUCACCCCCGAAAGUGGAGGUGUCGAUCAUGAGCGAGACGCAAGCUUCGAAUCUGGCUCGCAACGAGGGACAUCCGACUAACGAGGUCUCCGGGGAAAUCCUCAACAGCAUCAGCGCCAUGGAAUACCACCAAGCAACCAAACAGCUGUCGGUUUCUUUCCGGAACAUGUCGCUCAAAGGAAUCAAACGAGCCGAGAAGAAAGGGAGCGAAUCUGUCGUGAUGGACGAGAAGUUCUGUCUCCUGUUCCAGUCGGUAAUCAAAGUCGCCGACAUGACUUUCGCCGUGCAGGCGCGAUCUCUCCCCGUCGUGGUGAUCGUACAUGGGAAUCAGGAGCCUCACGCACUGGCGACGAUCACCUGGGAUAAUGCGUUCUCCGACAGCUUGAGGAAACCGUUCCAAGUUCCCGAGAGAGUUCCCUGGUCAAAAAUGGCUCAAGUUCUCUCCAUGAAGUUUCGCGCGGCCACUGGCGCUGGUCUCUCGGAGAGCAAUUUGCAUUUCCUGGCAACUAAAGCGCUCCGGAAAACGAAUCUCGGUGCAGACUUCGGGGAAUAUCCUGUCACGUGGUCUCAGUUCUGCAAAGAGCCUCUCCGGGAUCGGAACUUCACAUUUUGGGAAUGGUUCUAUGCGAUUAUGAAGCUGACUCGCGAGCAUCUGAAACCUCUGUGGGUCGAUGGACUCGUGUGGGGUUUCAUCGGGAGGCAGGAAGCGGAGGAAAUGCUGCUCAAGAGGGCGGUCGGCACCUUCCUGCUGCGAUUCUCGGACUCUGAACAGGGAGGAUUGACAAUCGCGUACGUCGUCGAGCAGGAGGGUCUCAAGAAAAUUCUCAUGAUCAAACCGUUCACCUCCGUGGGCUUCAAGAUCCGCAGUCUUGCCGACAUCUUGUUCGAUCUCAAGAACCUCUUGUAUCUCUACCCCGACAUACCGAAGGACCAAGCUUUCCAAAGAUAUUACACAAGCGCAGUGGAACAAUCAAAUGGGGCCACGGCGAAUGGCUACGUGAAGCCUCUUCUCGUCACCCAGCUGCCAGGGAUGCAUCAGCCGUCAUACUUCGAUUCGAACGCAGCCAGUCCGGCGUCUCACUACGGUGCAGUCGAGAACAGCAUGCAGCUCACGAGGAACGACGGGUCGUACGAUCCCAACUCAAUUGAACUCAUGGACUACCUGAUUGAGACGGAUCUACUCGACAUAGACGAGUUUGACUUGGACUUCUCCGCGGUCCAAGUCUCAUUAGCGAGCGAGGUCAACAGUCUCGGUUGAGAUGCGACUGCGAGCUUCAUUCAUUCUUCUAUUGGGUCCGGCAUCUACAUAUUCAUGUUGAGAAAUCACCUACAAUCUGCGAAUCCAGUGAUAUUGAGCUCGCCUGCUCUGCUUGUGAUGAGAGCUUUCGUCCACUAUAGACUCUAAGGUCUCAACACCGGUUUGAGGAUCGGGAACGCUCGAGUGUGUUUUUUUAGAGCAACUCCCUCCUAGACCGAACCGUUUACCUCUCUUCGUUCCAAGGGAACGACAUCGAACUUUCUCUAUGUAAGGACCAGCACGAGACUUCAAGCUUCAAGAAUAGCUUGUGUGAUCAUUGUUGAGUGUAGACGAAAAGUAGGCUUGUCAGUUGAGGCAGGGUGACUCACAUCUAUUUUAGCUGAUUCGAAUUGUGAGAUGAAUUGCGUGAUACUCUUUCUCCACCCCCUUGUUGGACACAACUCCCUCAUCCCCUUGUUGCAUGAUUUAGGAUCAACUAGGAGAAUGCUAUUUUCAGGUUUAUGAAGCACAUCGUCAGUCGUUCACAAACUCAGUCCCAAAAGGUACCGGAAGCGUGCCAUAGCCGUUUUGUCGCUGGGUCUGAGAAUUAUUGUUGCACCUA